AUGUCUUUUUGGUUCAUCGCAUUCUCCACUUUCAUAUUAUCUAUCUUAAUAUACUAUUUAGUGAAAUUUGCAACAAAAUCAUCUUCAUCUUCUUCUUCACUACCACUUCCACCUGGACCAAAACCAUGGCCUAUAAUAGGUAACAUGCCUCACUUAGGCUCUGCCCCACACCAAUCUCUUGCAGCCUUGGCUCAAACCUAUGGCCCUCUCAUGCACCUCAAAUUAGGGUUUGUAGACGUUAUCGUCGCCGCUUCCGCCGACGUGGCUGAACAAUUCUUGAAGGUUCAUGAUGCUAACUUUAUUAGCCGCCCUCCUAAUGUUGGAGCUAAACAUAUGGUUUACAACUAUCAAGAUCUUGUCUUCGCUCCUUAUGGCCCAAGGUGGAGGUUGCUCCGGAAAAUAUCAUCCGUCCAUCUAUUUUCUAACAAAGUUAUGGCUGAAUUUCAAAAUUUACGUGAGGAAGAGGCGGGAAGAUUGACAAGUAAUUUGGCAAGUAACUAUUCAGACACAAAAGCUGUGAAUUUGGGACAAGUAUUGAAUGUAUGUACAACCAAUGCACUUGCUAGGGUUAUGUUAGGAAGAAGAGUAUUCAAUGAUGAGAAUGGUGGCAAUGACCCUAAAGCUGAUGACUUCAAAGAUAUGAUUCUUGAAUUGAUGGUGUUAGGUGGAGUUUUCAACAUUAGUGACUUUAUUCCUUCAUUGGAAUGGUUAGAUCUUCAAGGAGUUCAAGCUAAAAUGAAAAUAUUACACAAAAAGUUUGAUGCAUUUUUAACAAACAUUAUUGAAGAACAUGAGAGUUCUAAUUCUAAGAGGGAGAAGCAUAAAGAUUUGUUGACUACUUUAUUGGCACUUAGAGAUGAAGGAGAUGAUGAUGGAAAUAAACUCAAUAUUACUGAGGUCAAAGCACUACUUUUGAAUAUGUUUGCAGCUGGGACAGAUACAUCAUCAAGCACUACAGAAUGGGCUAUUGCAGAAUUGAUCAAAAAUCCAAAAAUAUUAGCUAAAGUCCAACAAGAACUGGACAAUGUUGUGGGCCGAGAUAGAAACGUGAAAGAAGAGGACAUACCUAACCUUCCUUAUCUACAAGCAGUCAUAAAAGAAACAUUUCGUUUGCAUCCAUCAACACCUCUUUCACUUCCAAGAAUUGCUUCUGAAAGUUGUGAGAUUUUUGGGUACCAUAUUCCAAAAGGUGCAACAGUUUUGGUUAAUGUAUGGGCCAUAGCUCGUGAACCAAAAAAAUGGGUUGACCCAUUAGUAUUCAAUCCCGAAAGAUUCUUACCAGGUGGUGACAAGUGUGAUGUUGAUAUUAAGGGAAAUGAUUUUGAAGUUAUACCUUUUGGAGCUGGACGAAGAAUUUGUGUUGGGAUGAGUCUUGGGCUUCGUAUGGUUCAACUUUUAACUGCUACAUUGGCACAUUCGUUUAAUUGGGAACUUGAGAAUGGGCUCAGAGUUGAAAAUAUGAACAUGGAUGAAGCUUUUGGGAUUACUCUUCAACGAGAUGUGCCAUUAUCUGUGUACCCUAAGCCCAGACUCUCGCCUAAUGUUUACUCAUCAUGUUUCCGAAUGUAG